AUGUUCAACCGUGCAGAAGGUUGUGGACAAUGGCUCUCUGCAAAUGCGAAAAGGAGAGAAACUAAAUUAGCUCCCCUGCAAGGUAGGAAAACGAAGAAAACGAAAAAUAAACACAACUUUUCAAAUCUUGCUCCCAGACCAAGCGUACAAAUCUCUAGUUCACCCCUCUCGCCGAGAACGGUGAAAACAUUGCGAAAUGCAAAGCAGACAAAGCUUAACAGGUUCUUCAAAGCAGAUGGACGACCCAAUUCGAAUGGCUGUCUGAAGAAUAACAGCGCUGCUUCGAACAGAGAAGACGAUCUAGAAAAGAAACAGGUGAAGAUUCCAGUGAAGAGACAUCGAGAUAAUUCGUCGUCAGGUAUAUAAAAGCACCUUUGUAUCAGCUAUCUUACUAAAAUAUAAAUCAGUUUAUACACUUAGGCAAUGAAUGACACAAAGGAGAAUAGAUAUUGGCAAGCUUGAAAAUUACAAUUCUGCCUCUAUAAAUUUUAAAUGUUAACACUUUCAUGUGCAAGUCUUGAUAGCUGAUGGUUCUUUAACAGCUAUACCAGGACAAAUAUUUUGAAUGUUUUCUCCAAAAAUUAGGGCAUAUACCUAGUAUUUUAGAAAUAUACAUACCUUACUAUGCACCAAUCAAUUUGAACAUUCAACAUUCCCCUCUCUCCCCCCCCCCCCUUUAGGCUACUCAUGGGCAUUUGACUAGUGUCUAGUGUCCCAGGGUAAGGGAUGUAAGGAAUUUCACCUUGCCUGGCUGGGAUGGGGAAUUUGAGCUGGAAGUGUCAAGUCUUUCUGGCUGAAUACAAGCACCAUAUCUUUAAAUAAGGAGGUGUCUAAAAGUGAAGUAUCCUCUUUUGCACACAGGGGCUUAUAAGCUUGGUUAAUAAAUAAAGAGUUACCCUGGCUGAUUUUGUCUUUUACAACAAAUCGACCAUCAAACCUGGAACUUGGGUGGGGAAUUUGAACAAACCAAUCUUCAAAAGUUCAAAUGCUCAGGGUUGCCUGGGGAGGGGGGGGGGGGGAUUAUGGAAGCCUCAAAUUGAUAGAUGCUUCAUGUUCAUUCUGUCCUCUUACUGUGUCAGUGAAGUUGAGAGUGGAACUGUUUUCCUUGAACAGUGAUACUUUAACAAGAUGUUGGACAAAGGUUAAGAGAGUCUACAAAUAUCUCCUUAACCAUGGUUUAUUUGAAAUAUGCAUGUAACCAAAAUAAGAGAAAACCGGCAUUCCAAAAGUUUUCUUAGGCAAUGAGUAUUCAGGAAAGCAAAAGAUAAUGACUUGAUAACCAAGUACGACCCAAAAUGGUGGCUGCAAAGCAUGCUAAUUUUAUGCUCGUCCUUUUAGGAUAAUGUAUACGCUCCAUAUCUGUGAUUUUUUUUUUUAUUCCUGUGUUUAAAGAAGCUCAGACUCAUGUCCCUUUCAAUGGCUGGUUACUUCUUGUUAACAGGUAGCUGUUGAGCUUAGAUUCUAUGUAAAAACAUGAAAUUUUGAUUAUUUUGUUACCAGAGAUAACAUCACCACAUUUUUUUCCCCUUGCCAAAACAGGAUGCAGCACAGACAUAUUCAUGACAGAUGAGCAGCUCAUUGACAGUCAAGAAAAUGAAGACCACAAUUCCACAGAAUUAAACAUCAGUGGGAUUUCUCACUUGAGUGAUCCAAGUGACAUUCAUGAUGAUCACAGUGAAAAUGAUUUUCCACUCAGAUCUGAACCAGAUAAUGACAGAGCUUUCUUUGAAGCUCACACACUAACUCCACCAACCAAGAAGCAGCGAACUUUGAAUAGUGAUGCAAGUUUUGAGGAAAGCAAUAGCAAAGAUAGAGCAGACUCACUCUCACUUGAACAGGAACCAAGCCAGUCAUUUCAUUUUUCUCAGUGGAAAAAGGAUCAGAUGGCAAAGUGCAAAGAAAUUCAGGACAGAGAUAUCGCCAAAUACAGUUUCUAUAACCAUGCAGGUAGCAUUACCAGUGCUGGAAGAGAGUGUUGUCACAAAGUAGACUACAGCAAUGUGGGAGAAACAUCCUCUGAGACGCCACUCUUUGAGUUUACACAAUGGGCAAAACAACAGAUUGAGGCAUGCUCCAAAAUACAAAAGGAAACUCAUCCUCCAGAGAUUACACCUCAGACAUCGUUCAAUUCUAGUGAACAAAGUGAUUCUUUAAAAUUUAGUUCAAGGAACUUGACCAGUCAGGCCUAUUCUGAAUUUGAUUUUUCUGAGUGGGACAAGAAUCAGAUCAAAUUAUGUAGAAAUCUCCAAAAGACCAGAGAUACAGAAGGAAUAGCUUGGGUGGAUGAAAAUUGGGAUGAAUGGAUUUACACAGCAGGAAAGAUGCCAUGCACA